AUGGCUAUAGGAGACAUGGCAGAAGAGAGAUAUGCACUCCACUAUCCUCAGGAAGCCCUUGAAAUCAAUUGGAAUAAUACUUCCAAGGAGAAAAUCCAGGAGCUUUUCAAAAUAUGGGCUGGCAAUUAUGAUAGGGUAUGUUUUGAAUUGCCAAAAUUGUUUGGUAGAGAAUAGCCGAUAUUUCGUGAGGCCACUUCUAGUUUUCCUGCAAAAUGACCUCGGAGGAACGAUUGCAGAAAUGCAGUACUGAUGACGAGUCACUGCCCGGCAGAUCUGCGUAGUGCUUCUGAUUGGUUGAAGCAAAUUUCCCUCCCGGCAAGACUAAUCAGAAGCAGUACCUAACUCUGACAACAUCAUCAGUGAGUGUGAAAUUUCUGCGCUAUGCCACAGACGUCAUUAGUGGUGGAGUAUGUGUCGCGAAAGGACAGUGAUCGAGAUGGGAACCUUUCAAGGCAAAUCACAUGUAAUGUAGGGUUCAUACGAAGAAAACUCAAGCCCUAGGGCAGUUACUAAUUCCAAAAGUGCUUGAAUAGGCAGUUUGAUGCAACUGCCAUGUGACUAUCACUAACUGACAGAAAAAUUUCAAGCUAGAGCGAAAUAAUUUUCAGGAAUAAAUUCGGAAGCACAUCUAAGUUAGUGACAAAGCAAAUUUUCAGGCCAGUGCUAUUCGAUGGAGCAAAUUAAUCUAAGGGAAGGUCGGGCAGUGCAACAAUUUCAAACAAAUCGAAUAUUUCGAAAACAAAAAAAUCUUUUGGUAAAAUUGUAUGGAGGUGACAACAAAAACCUCGCCACCCAGUUAAAAUUUCGUUUAUUAAGUUAAUUUUGAUCAAUUGGCCUUUCUUAAAAACGCAAACGUAUUAUCGUCAUGGUCUCUGGUAGUCUUCUUCGCGGCCGUUUUUGUCUCGUCACGCAGCGGGAAGUCUCUGGAAUUAUUUCAAAAAUUUCUACCAUUCAUUUGAAUAUUAUUUGACUUUAUGGCGAUGUUCUCUAUCCAAAAAACAAACACUAGAGCAUUCUCCGAGAGUCUCUGCUUAAUUUCCCAGGAACACUACCAUUUUCCUCAUGAGCUUUGGUUGCAAUAAUAUUUCCCUGCGAUAUUCUGUCCUGAUUACCUGACCCUGGGUCCAAAGGGUGGGGAAAGCAUUGUCUGGUUUAGGGUUAGGAACGCAAAAUGUCCUUAUUGGCGAGGAUGGGGAGAGAUGGCUUGUUAUGCAGGCUAUGAGUGUUUAUGUCAGAGAGUUUCACCCAGAUCGUCUAGAAUGAAAAGUCACUUAACAAGCACAUUCAGCCUGGUCAGUAAGGAGCUUUAACUGCGUUAAGGGUAGGACGAGGAGUCUGAGAUGGCUAAGGCGAAACUACACCCUUUGAUAGAAAUAUAUUUUUAUAUAAGAAUCGAGGCUAAUUGGUAUUUAUGUCACAGGAUUUCACGCAGAUUCAAAAGUUAGUGCAGAAUGAAAAACGCUUAACAAGCACAUUCUGCCGGGUCGGUUAAAAGGUUUUUCAUGUUUAUUCAUUUUUUCUUUUUAGUGGGUUCUUGAAGGUUCCGCCAAUGGCGCACCGGGUUGUUACUCCCAUUUAUCAUGUGGAGAAGCCUUCUUCAAUGCGGCUAAGGACCUCUAUGGCGAAAGCAAGAAAGACCUCAAAAUAUUGGAUUGUGGCUGUGGGUCAGGACUGUCUGGUCAAGUUCUGAAGGACAAAUACGGAUAUGAUAACCUUACUGGGCUGGAUGUGUCUGAAGAUAUGUUAGAUAUCGCUAGACAAAGAAAAAUCUACAAGACUAUUAUCAGUGCCUUCGUAGGUACCGACAGAGUAAAAGAGAUACAAGAUGGUGAAUAUGACGCCGUUAUCUCCUCUGGAGUGUUCCAAACUGGUCUAGUGAGAGCCAAAGCUUUGGAUGAAAUCACUCGCUGGAUUAAGCCAGGUAAUUUGUCACUACUUUGACUUCUUGCAAGAAAUCUAGAGGUAAAAGUGAGAUGACCUUUUUGGAAAAAUAUAAUAAGCAAAUGACUUCGGUUUUUUUUUGUUUCUUCAGUUCAGUGAUGGUCCCAGAGGUUUUUCUUGAUUUUUCCUCGCCAAAGAGAUCAAGAGCAAGCCGCGAAGCGGCGACAACGAGUAGCGAAAGCGAUUAGGAGAGAGAGAAAAACCUCUGGUUACCUUGGCCUCGAAUUUCACUUUCAUGCAGACGACAGGGUCAGGAUCUGACCCUCGGCGUUGAUUGGUUGAUAUUUUUUCAAACACGCAAACUAAUUUGAUUGGCUCGUUUAAUUGUAACUACCGUGGGGACGCUGAGGAUUCUCACACCUCAUUUUGCCUCUCUCUACCAGGGAAGAAAAUUGUUAGUAUGCUGCACUCGCAAUAACAUUUGCACGGGACCAAGGCGCGUAAAGGCACGCCAUAUUUCGAGAUUUUGACAUGAAUGUUGUUCCUGAAAGAAUAUUCGAAGAAAUUUUGACCUCGGUACUUGAUGAGCGCUUUCCUGCGUCUCACUGAGCAACAAAAGAAAGCUUUGUUCGCCGCGUUGAGUCGAAAGGAUGUGUUCACCAUUUUAUCAACCGGACAUGGAAAGUAUACAAUAUUUCAGUCGUUACCUAAUGUUUGCACGUACCUUUCGUUAAGAGGCUACUCAUAACCCCGCCAUGCAAUAAUUUUGGUUGUCUGUCCUCUCCAGUCUCUUGUGGACUCGCAUAUCCGCGAACUGCGAAACCGUGGCGUCUCAGCAACCAGUUUGAGCAGUCCAGACGUUGACGACCAGAAUCUCGUGUCUCGAUGUAUUUACCAUUUUACAAUACUGCCAUUCCAUUAAAUAAACCAACUUGUUUAGGGCAGCAAAAUAUAAAUCUCCGAAUACGGAACGAAAGUUUCCUUGUAGGAAAAAAAACAUACAACUUUGUACAAGUACAUAAUCAUUUUCGGUGCAGCUUGCAUUUUCCUGCGACGCCCAAUAUUUAUCUUUAAAGAUCUAACCAACGUUAUUUUUGGCAUUGGGUCAACAAAAACCUCUAAAAGUACAUUCCGAAACUUAAGGGUUUGUUGUGCUGCAUGACUCUUCGUAGCGCGGUUGUUCCACAAAAAAGGGAAAUGGAGCCGCCAAACCAAAAUGCGUGCCAGAUUGCCAGAAUACAUAUUAAUAUUACUAUUUUGGGGGGAAUGCCCGCGAAGUAAAAAGAAGUAAAAAAUAUAAUAAGCGCGAUUGAUAGACUCUUGCAAACUUUACAACUUCGCGCUGGCACUUCUGACAGAUAAUACCGUUGAGUCGUGUACACAGCCGACAGAACAGAUGACAACGUUUGUGAAAAUCCUUGUUAUUAUACACAAAAAACGUUGAUUUUAGAUCAGCCACUAGGAGCCGUCGGCUCCUGUCGGCGACUUAUUUUUACAUAAAUUCUGCAAAUCCUGCAGCAGUCAUUUGGAACAAUGUUGGUUUCUUUAUACAGUGGUGUUCUUAUUCCUGGACUCUUGUCGCCCAUCGUUAACACAAGCUUUAGCUUGACCCCGAUUACAAAUCACUCUUUACCACCCAUGCAAGUGGAGAUGGUUUGUUCAUAACAUAAUUUCCCAAGGUCUACCCCCACUUAAAAAAUAGCGGCUGAUAAGCACGUGUUUGCUAAAUUGCCAUUGGUCACUCUUUUUAUUAGCAAUUUGACGCGUUUGACAGCUGUCGUCUGCAUGAAAGUGAGAUACGAGGCCAAGGUAACCAGAGGUUUUUCUCUCUCUCCUCGUCGCUUUAGCGACUCGUUGUCGCCGCUUCGCGGCUUGCUCUUGAUCUCUUUUGCGAAGAAAAAUCAAGAAAAACCUCUGGGACCAGGGUAGUUCAGUGACUUCCAUAGACCUUAAAUCCCACGCUACUCAACGUCUAAACAUGCCGUCACAUAAAAUGUAGGCUUAUUUCUUGGAAAUCUUUUUUAAAAAUUGACUUUAACUUCUUUUAGAAUUGAAAGCCCUGCAAAGCAAGAUGACGUCUAAGGGGUGCCCCGCAUACCGUGGUAAAACCGUUGAAAUCCCUCGCUAAUCAGCCCUGUAUUUCCCGGUUAUGAGGGUGCGGGGCUUUCCGCUAGUAUAGCUGACUAAAAACUUGGGUCGGUAGAUGAAAUAAUCAUAAAUUAGCAUAAGAGUCAAUGAGGUUACUUUCACACUAUGUCGGAUAGUUGUUGCGCCGGCACGAAAACCUUACCGGUUCCCUGGUGUCAGGAUAUUUACUGCUUGAAUUUGCUCCUUUCAGGGGGUAUCAUGUGCUUCACUUGUCCAGUGUUUGACAAAGAGGAAAGCGGUUACAAGGAGAAAUGUGAGAGUCUGGAGAAGGAGGGAAAAUGGACUCUGGUCUCCAACAAGGAAGCUGAGUACUAUGGCGACCAAAUUCCUAAAGGGCGCGGCUAUAAAACGUGUCGAAUGCUGGUCUACAAAAAAUUAUAA